GAUGCAAGUUACUAGAUGACUGCUUCUCGGCCUCGCCAGGAAACUAGUAAGUUCCUCUGGGAUCAAGUAGAAUUUUAUAAGAACAUAAUGGAUGGAGAGGAGAAAACCUAUGGUGGCUGUGAAGGCCCUGAUGCCAUGUAUGUGAAAUUAAUAUCUUCUGAUGGUCAUGAAUUUAUUGUAAAAAGAGAACAUGCAUUAACAUCAGGAACAAUAAAGGCCAUGUUGAGUGGUCCAGGUCAGUUUGCGGAGAAUGAAACCAAUGAGGUCAACUUUAGAGAGAUCCCUUCACAUGUGCUAUCGAAAGUGUGCAUGUAUUUUACCUACAAGGUCCGCUAUACUAACAGCUCCACUGAAAUUCCUGAAUUCCCAAUUGCACCUGAAAUUGCACUGGAACUGCUGAUGGCCGUGAACUUCUUAGAUUGUUAAAUAAGAUAAAUUAAAAUAAACUGUUAAUUUUUUUUCAGUAUUUAAUACCUGUAGUUCAGUUAGUAAUUUUUUCACAUAUAGCAUGUUGCCUGUAUGAAAUUGAACUCUAAAGUUAAUUGCUGAGCACAUUUCUUCUGUCAUUUGCAUAGCAGAGUUGAAAUUUGUUUGCUACAUCAACAAAUUAAGGAAGUUUCACAAGCCAAAAAAUAAAUAAAUAAUGCCAGUUUUAAAAAAAAAGAUUUCGUAGAAUUUAAUGAAAAUGAAGAUACAACACACCCAAACAUUUAGGACACAGUGAGAGCAGUACUAAAAGGAAAAAUAGCUCUGAGUGCCCCCAAAAGAAACAGGAGAGAGCAUACUCAGCAGCUUGACAGCACAUCUAAAAUGUCUACAGCCAAAAGAAGUAAAUACACACAAGAGGAAUAGAAGGGAAGAAAUAAUAAAACUAAGAGCUAAAAUCAUCCAAGUUUUAAAAAAAAAGGAGUACACAAAGAAUCAACAAAAGCAGGAGCUGGUUCUUCGACAAAAUCAACAAGAUAGAUAAACCCUUAGCAAGAAUACCCAGAGUGUAUCCAAAUUAACAAAAUCAGAAGGGAAAAGGGAGACAUAACAAAAAAUCUGAGGAAAUUAAAAAUAUCAACGGAUCCCACUACAAAGGCAUAUAUUCAACAAAACUGGAAAAUCUGGAGGAAAUAGACAAUUUUCUAGACAAAUACAAGGUACUAAAGUUAAAUCAAAAACAGAUAAACAUCUAAACAACACCAUAAUUCCUAAAGAAGUAGAAGCAGUUAUUAAGAGUCUCCCAACCAAAGAGAACCCAGGACUCCAUGAAUUUACUGCAGAAUUCUAUCAGGCCUUCAUAGAAGACCUCAUAUCAACACUAUCCAGAUUAGUUCCCAAAAUAGAAAUAAGCAGAGCACUACCAAAUUCCUUCUUUGAAACCACAGUUACUCUUAUAACUAAACCACACAAAAAUCCAACAAAGAAAGAGAACUUGAGACCAUUUACCCUUAUGAUUAUUGAUGUAAAAAUACUCAAUAAAAAUCUUGCAAAGUGAAUACAAGAACACAUCAAAAUAA